CUAAAGUAAGUAUAUACCUACCUACUAUGUCAGUCUCAGUUCAUAUCAACACACCAUUGUGAGCAGACGAUAACGCAAUCGCCCAAAUAUAUACCGCACAAUGCCACUAAAACUGUAUAAAAUGGACUUGAGUCCACCUGCCUGCGCCGCCAUGAUGAUUUGCGAGAUCCACAACGCUCCGGUUGAGAUGAUUGAGCUGAAUCUUCUAGAAAAAGAGCAUUUGACGCCUGACUUUCUAAAGAAAAAUCCAAUGCAUACUAUUCCUAUGUUAGAAGAUGAUGAUUUGUUUAUACAUGAAAGCCACGUCAUUCUAACAUACAUUACAGAUAAGUAUGGAAAAGAUGAUUCACUGUAUCCUAAGGAUUUAAAGAAAAGAGCACUUGUAGACCAAAAAUUAUAUUUUGAUACUCUGCUAUUCAACCGAAUGAAAAAUAUUUCAUUCCCAGCUAUCUUUGAGGGUGUGCGACAGCCACCAGAAAAACUUUUGAAUGCUAUUCGCGAAGCCUACGACUUCUUGGAAGCAUUCCUCAAUACUACGAAGUUUGUUGCCGCUGACAAUAUGACUAUUGCUGAUGUAUCCAUAGCAGCUACCAUCGCUGCCUUGCGCUAUAUUAUUCCUAUUGCUGAUAAGUACCCUAAAAUUCAUGCAUGGUUCUCAUACAUGGAAAAGCAGCCAUUUUACCAAAAACGUACCGUUCCUGGAAAUGCCCAACUUAAGGCAAUCUUAGAGAAGAAUCUAGAUCUGUAAAUAUUUGAAAAUUUAAAAUAAAAUAAAAAAUAUUUUUUAACUAUUA